UACCGGCUAGAAUCGCUCGUCAUCGCGAAUAUCGCCAUCGCGAGCGAGAGCGGAGACCAGGAGGGUUGUUUUUGCAGCGAUUCGAGAGCCUCUCUCGAUAUACGCGGCGAGAUUGAUUUGCGACAACACAAGGCCGUUCGUGAGAACGCGACGUUGAUGAUUAACAGCACAUCUCGGGGGUGAUUCUCGCGCUGUGGAAUAUGUUGGCUCUGAAAGCGACCGUUGUUAGUUGCUCUUUCAGGCGCGCUCGUAUCCUUCAGAAUUCCCUCUCGAGAGGCAGUUCGGCCACUUCCGUCGAAUCCAAGGGAAAGAUGUCGUUCGAAGACGAGAAACAAAAAUUCUUGAACAUGCCGCCAGAGGAGAAGAGGAGCUUUUAUAAGGGACAGGUAACGACUCUCGAUCAGAUUUCCACAUGGUCAGAGUACUGGGAUAAAAACAAGUCCACUAUCGCCCAAACUGUUGAAAAAGUUGAAAAAAUCGACGAGGCUCUAACCGAGAAGGUAUCGAUGUGGCAAGGAGACAUCACGUCGCUUGAGAUAGACGCGAUUGUCAAUGCUGCCAAUUCGAGUCUUUUGGGAGGCGGUGGAGUCGACGGAGCUAUUCAUCGAGCGGCAGGACCAAAUUUGAGGAAGGAAUGCGCGACGUUGGGAGGAUGCAGAGUUGGCGAAGCUAAAAUCACCGGGGGUUAUAUGCUGCCAGCUAAAUAUAUUAUCCAUACUGUUGGCCCGCAAGGUGAGAAACCCGAUAGAUUGAAAGAAUGUUACGAGAAUAGUCUGGCAGUGGCAAAAGAGAAUCGUCUGCGUACUAUCGCGUUUCCAUGCAUAUCUACUGGAAUUUACGGAUAUCCCCAAAGGCCAGCGGCUAAAGUAGCUUUAUCGACGGUUAAGAAAUUUCUCCUCGACAAUAAAGAUGCCGUGGAUAGAAUCAUCUUUUGCCUAUUUCUGGAAACUGACAAAGAUAUCUAUGAGGAGCUGUUGCAAAAGUACUUUGCCCUUAAUUAAAGAUUUAUUGAUAGGUGAAUUUCUACUUGCGCAAAAUUCUUCACGGUUUCAGCAUAAUCACUGUAUUUGAAAAACAUUGUAUUCAUAUAGAGUAAUACAGCGCUAGGUAUUUCA